AUGAUAUCACCUAAAGCACUUAAGUCGAUAUUAAUUGGUCUUUUUACGGCAACUGUGUUACAUUUGAUUUAUUCAAUCCAUGGUGCUUCAGGAUCAUCGGCCUUGUCAUCCUUAUCUUCAAGAUCAGGAAGGUUUGGCCUAUUGAAAUCGCUCACUAAUGGUGUAUUCAUUUCACUGCAAAAUAAAGAAGAAUAUAAACUUGUCGGUUAUCACCAAGAUUCCCAAACAAACUUAAUUGUUUUACAAAAGAGCUAUUUAAACGAGUUAGAUUCAACUUCUUCUCAGCAAGUAUGGAAUUUCCUUAAAUCUGAUAUUGACCAUAAUGUUGAUUUCGAUUUGAAAUUAAUUAGCGGGUAUAAUUACAAGGAAAUGAUUGAACGUAUUAAUUCUCAGAAUGAAUUAACCUUGAACAGUUCAGUCAUUGAACAAUUUGAAACCGAACAAAAGUUUAUACAUGCUUCAAGAGAUUUCUUUACAAAAUUAAUGCAAUCCAUUCAUAUGUGUAAACCAGAUAUUGGGGGAAUCAACAAUAAUGAACAUUUCCCAAAUGGUAGAAAGAUCGAAGAAUACUACCAAAAGCAAAAGCAAGUGUCUGAUGAUGAACUUGCAAAGAUCGAUACUCAAGACUUAUUGCAUAAAUAUGGUCAUUUACCUGUUUAUGGUGGUCAUCUUAGAGAACAAUAUUCCGAAGAAGUUGUUAGAACUAAAGAAUACUUAUCUUUAUUCAUUACUUUAAGUGAACAAGAAAAAGGAAGUUUGAGAAAUUCUCAUAAUGCAUUUGUUCAUGAUAUGAUGACUGAAUAUUCUGAAGAGUUAUUGAAAUUUAAUAAGUUCAAUGAUUUUAUGAAAGGUGAUGGUAUCGUUUAUUUAGGUGGGGGUAAAUAUAACCAUUUGGUCUUGGUUUCUCUUAGAGUUCUUCGUGAAAAUAAUUCUAGAUUGCCUGUUGAAGUUAUUAUUCCUUAUGAAAAAGAUUACGAUCAAGAAUUCUGUCACCAUAUUUUACCAACUUUGAACGCUAAAUGUAAGAUUAUGACACACUAUUUGCCUAAGGAUUUCAUGGAAAAAGUUGGUGGUUUCCAAUUAAAGAAUAUCGCUCUUUUAGUUUCUUCAUUUGAAAGAAUUCUUUACCUUGAUGCUGAUAAUAUCCCAGUCAAAAAUCCUGAUGUUUUAUUUGUAAAUAAGCCAUUCACAAAUAAGCAUUUGGUUAUGUGGCCAGAUUUGUGGAGAAGAUCAACUUCACCAACUUUCUAUGAUAUUGCAGGUAUCCCGGUUGAUGAUAAUUUCCAAGCUCGUAAUUCAUAUGCAAAAGGUGAUCCUCGUGGAAUCAAUGAAGAUACCAGCAAAAUUUCCUAUCAUGAUCUUAAAGGUGCUAUUCCAGAAGCAAGUUCGGAAACCGGUCAAAUUUUAAUUAACAAGAAGGUCCAUUUCCAAACCUUAGUCUUAGCAAUGUACUAUAACUAUUAUGGUCCUGAUUUCUUCUAUCCAUUACUUUCCCAAGGUGCUGCCGGUGAAGGUGAUAAGGAGACAUUUAUUGCCGCUGCUCACAAAUUGAACUUACCUUAUUAUCAAGUUCAAGAAUUUUGUCGUGAAUUUGGACCUGUAGAUCCAAAAACCAACAAACACGACAUUUAUGCUAUGGGUCAAUUUGAUCCAAUAAUUGAUUAUAUUCAAACUGGUGAAGAUCCAAGUGUUGAAAAUCACGCACAAGGUUCUAAGCAACAAGUGGUUGAUUACUACAGUGAAUCAACUUUGAAAUACCCUAAACAUAUGAAGGACACUAGUAUGUCAAAUCAUGAUUUCCAUUUAUUCAAAUCUUCGUCAUUAGCUUUCUUGCAUGCAAAUUGGCCAAAAUUGUAUCUUACUGCAUUCUUGGAAGAUUUUCAAGACCAUAGAGGUCCAAUUUCCAAAGAUGGAGAAAGAAGAAGAUUAUAUGGUACUGAAUUGGUCAAGGAAUUGUCAGGGUAUGAUUUUGAAUUGCUUAUUACCAAAAGUAUUUAUAGUACAUUCUGUACUAAACCUUAUCUUAUUAUAACCAAGGGUGAUGAUGCCGAUAAAAGGGAUAAAAUAUGUGAAGAAAUCAAUGAGCAUAUUCAAUUUUUGCAACAGAAAUAG